CAGCUACUCGGUUUUCAGUGUUUCAACCCCACCCACUAAACUGAUGGUUGCUGUCUAGCAGGUCAUUUUAGAAAUCACCUCGAAAUACUCCGGAUCCAUCCCUAAUUAAAAUUAUUUAAUUGCACAGAAACAGCUUGCACCGAUGCUCUGAUUGCUUUGCUGCAUCGAUGAAGACUGUAAACUUUAGUAAUGGUAAAGUCAUUCUAAGAAGUUUCUUUUUGAAUAUGGAAUAUUGACGAGUCUGAAACAAGAAAAACAACUACAACUACUGUACGUACAUAGGACUCUGAAUCGUCAUGCAUCUUGCGGUAGCGAUACCUGUGUGCCUAACGGGUGGGUCUCUACAAGUUGAGUGUUUGACCAGUAAUUUUGAGUCCUUGUGAAUCCUCGCUCCCUGCCUGUGACGUGGUUCCUCUUUCUAUUUGGCGAGAAAUUGGGCUUGCUCCUCCCGGAGAAAGGACCGUUCUGAAUCAUUCCGAGCUACACGCGCAACUUUGCAAGUGAAAGGACCCUUGGUGCUAUAAAAAUGAACUCGCUGCUUCUGUUUGCAUUGUUUUCCCUGUGCCUGGCUGAUAGCUAUGAUCAUACUUACACAGACCUGGAGCACCACAGAACCAUCUACAUAUCAGAAAAUGGCCCCCGCCUUUCAGUGGUGAUGGAACAGUCCAAAGUCAUCUCCCGUCGCGGCGGCAACGCCACACUACCGUGCAAGUUUGUCCGCGAUGCUGGUUCCGCCACCGGCCCCAGCCAAAGGAUGAGGAUCAAAUGGACUAAGCUCACCUCAGAUUACCUCAAAGAGAUUGACGUCUUUGUUUCCAUGGGCUAUCACAGGAAGAGCUAUGGCAGCUACCAUGGAAGGGUGUUUCUUCAGCAGGCCACUGACAAUGAUGCCUCCCUGGUUAUCACCGACAUCACGUUGGACGACUACGGAAAGUAUAAGUGCGAAGUCAUUGAAGGCUUGGAAGAUGACAUCGGCGUUGUUGCGCUGGAUUUGCAAGGUAUUGUUUUUCCAUAUUUUCCCCGCCUUGGACGCUACAACCUGAAUUUUCUUGACGCGGAAAAGGCUUGCCAGGACCAGGAUGCGCGAGUGGCCUCUUUCGACCAGCUCUAUGAUGCAUGGAGAGGGGGGCUGGACUGGUGCAACGCAGGCUGGCUCAGUGACGGCUCGGUGCAGUACCCCAUUACCAAUCCCCGAGAGCCCUGUGGGGGCAAGGACACUGUCCCGGGGGUCAGAAACUACGGCUUCCGUGACAGAGAGAAAAGCCAAUACGAUGUCUUCUGCUUCACUUCGAACUACAAAGGACGUUUUUACUACUUAAUACACCCCUCCAAGCUAACUUAUGACGAGGCAGUCCAGGCUUGCCAGAAGGACGGCGCCCAGAUCGCGAAGGUCGGCCAGAUGUACGCGGCCUGGAAGCUCAUGGGAUACGACCGCUGCGACGCCGGCUGGCUCGCCGAUGGCAGCGUCCGCUACCCCAUCUCCAGGCCCCGGCGACGCUGCAGUCCCACCGAGGCAGCCGUGCGUUUCGUGGGAUUCCCAGACAAGAAGCACAAGCUAUACGGUGUCUACUGCUUCAAAGCUUUCAACUGAGAGUCCAGCUCCAAACCCGUUCAUUUCCAAACACAUGUGGGACUUCUUCUCAAAUAGUAUGAACUCAUAAUGUUACCAAAACUGUGAUAACCUUUUUUUUAAUUGCUGUAAGAGGAAGAAAAAAAUCAUUUUCAUAAAUAACAGAAACAUUUUUUAUAAACUGAAACCGCAUUAUUUCACUUUUAACCAUUUUUUCAGAUAUUUAAAAUUAAUAUAAUUUUAUCUGGAGUUCUAUAUAAAAGUAGCACUAUAGCAGAACUAAGAGAAAAAUGACAAAAAAAAAGAAUGAUCGCGUUAACAUUAUCCAAACAUGACUCGAUGGAGCAUGCAGUAGCUUGAAAUACCUUUUGAAAUGAGAAACGGAAAAGCUUCUCAAAGUAGUGUCAGAAAGCUUCAGGCACUUAAAAGGCAUUUUGAAUAAGAUUAACUUCAAAGUGAUUGAAUAAUCAAAUUGUGGACAUGAUAGUAAAUUAUGUACCAUUAGAAUACUUUUUGCAUUUGUUUGCAGACACAUUUCUUAUCACCUACAGCUACAGUAAGUCAAUCAUUUCAGCCAUCUCCAAGUGCCAGUCUUUAUUCUGGAUAAUUCACGUUUUAUAACAUCCAAGGGCUUAAUGCACAAAAAGAAAAAAACACUGCUUCUCACAAACAAGAAAGGAAAUUCUUUCAUCAGUUUCCUGUGCAAGGUGCUAAACAAUGUACUACAAGCACACCCUAGCAUUGUCUUUUGUCAUCCAGAGUUGCAAAAAUUAUUUUAGGGACCAAACUUUCAACCUUAUAUUCUACUGCUGGUAUUAAAAAAUGUGGUACUCAAAAUAUGAUCUUAUUAUUUUGGAUUUGAAUGCUUUAAGUGAAACUUAGUCUAUAGCAGAGUGUGGCUUGUAGUUUGAAAAGGGCACAUCUCCAAAAAAUCCAAAUGAUGCGGUCUGUUUUUUGUUUUGCUUAAAGACACAGGCCUUUUCCAGAUAUAAUCAGCAUUGUGCUCAGCACAGACAGUUUGAUGGUAAGCAGAAUGCUAGCACUGUUCUCUAAUUCCUAAAAGUAAUUAUUUAAGUUAAAAGAGAGGAAAAGUUAAAGGUGGCUUACUGCCAACAUGGAGCAUAUUGCCCCUGUGACUUUGCCAUCUGUGUAUGGAAUUCUAUUGCUUCACAAAGGGAAGGAAAAAUUGUCCCAAGUCAACUUCUUAUCUUCAUUAUAAACACUAGCAGUUGUUAGAAGCACUGGAGCAAUCUAUCAAUAGUAGAUGUAUACAGCUUCUCUGGAGAACAGCAAGCCAAUGCUUAUCACUGAUUUCAAAGCAAGUACUGACUGCACAACACAGCACAAAUGCAGCAGAAACAUUUGCACCAUGUAAACAUUAUUACUUUGCAAAUAAUGGUGACAUGCUUGCUUAAACGUUUAAGGCGGACACAUACUGUAGAAGAUUGUCUGAAACCAGCCUGAAAGGUAUCUGUUCUCCUUUGAGUGGCUUUUCUGUGAUCUCUUUAAAACGUGUUUAAAAUAAAAAAGCAUAAUAUGUCAGCUCAGGGCAGUUACCAUGAUGAACUGCUGGACAGAGAACGUGUAAAAACAAGAAGCUUGGUUUUUGAGUUAGCCUGGAAAAUGUUAUAAUCUUAUCAGAUAUGUAGCUGUAAUAUUUUAAGAUUUUUUGCAUCAGAACACUGUGAAGGUCACAGAUAAGGAGAUUAAGGGCACGAUAAACUGAAGACGCACCCUGAAGAUUUUGUAAUACUAGGAACUAAACUAGUCAUUAGAAAAUUGUUAGUUAAUGGAAGAACCAUGCAGCCAAAUGACAUUGCUGGCAAUAUCAUGUAUUCUUAUUCCUGGGAGUCUUCAUAUUGCUUGCCAGCUUGUUUUUUUUUUGUUGCUAGUUUUCAUCUGGAACCUAAAUAAGUAGAAUUUAACCAAAUGGUAGACUGGUCCCAUAAACGGCAAUAUGUCACAGUAAGUUUGAAAGUCAUGAUACAUUCCUGAAAGAAAUAUCAACUAUUAGUUUCCCUGUUUAGUUUGUGUACAGAAUGCUUUACUCCAUCAGAGUAUGUUUUGCAUCUCUGUGUAAAAUACUUUUUGACCCAAAUUCAAAAGAGGAAAUAAAAACUUGAAAAAGA